AUGGGUUGGAAAGCAGCUGAGAAACUUAUUAGGCACUGGAAGGUUCUUAGAGGAGACAAUGUGAUGAUCAUAAGAGGCAAAGACAAGGGUGAGACAAGUGUCAUUAAGCGAGUCAUUUGCUCUCAGAAUCAUGUAAUUGUGGAGGGCAAAAAUCUGGUAAAGAAACAUAUCAAGCAAGGCCAAGGUCAUGAAGGCGGGAUAUUUACUGUUGAAGCCCCUCUUCAUGCUUCAAAUGUGCAAGUAACAGAUCCAGUAACAGGGAGGCCUUGUAAGGUUGGGGUUAAAUAUCUUGAGGAUGGAACAAAAGUUAGAGCAGUAAGAGGCACAGGAGCAUCGGGAUCUAUAAUCCCUCGUCCUGAGAUCUUGAAGAUAAGAGCUACCCCAAGACCUACCGUUGCUGGUUCAAAGGAUACUCCUAUGAAUCUUGUGUUAGAGAAGACGUAUGAUGCCAAAACAGGGAAGGGCAUGCCUGAACUUUGAGAGAACUAGUUUUAAUGUCAUUGCAGGUUAGAUGGAAAAUUUUGCAGAAAAAAGAUAGGAGCCAUAUUAGUUGUCGUAGUCUGGCGAAUGAUUAAUAAUUUCUUGUACUCAA